GGCAACGUCCCAGAGCUCAUUCAUUUCGACCAUCUCAACCAAAUCAGUUGUGUUUAACCAAUAAAUUUUCCAGCGCUAUUUUAGUGUCAGGUUUAGAGUUCAAAAUUUUGUCAGGGACCAUGGACGGCUAUUAUAAUAAUAAUGGGAGCAACUUCAAUUACAGCGGCUACUCACAGCGGCCAUCGAACAAUAACUUUGGAUCCUGCAGCAAUUGUCCAGGUGGCAUCUGUCCACGCAAUUCGGACCAAGACAAGGGUCAGAACCGGAACCAGAGCCAGAGUCAGGGACAGGGGCAGACCCAGACUAAGGCUCAGGGUCAAGGUCAGGGCAUGAUCGGCCAGCGUGGCUGUCCUGGUGGUAACUGCUGUCUCGGCGGUCAUUGUUCCAUCGGACAGUCUGGCUCCAAUCUAAACUGGCAGAAUUAUGGACGCUAGCAUCAAAGAGCUGGCGCUUCCAUCGAACCCUGAACCAGGCAAGGAAGCCUUUACUUAUUCAAGACACGAUAGGAUACAGAAGACAGGCUAGCUAAGCACAAACGAGGAAUACGAUACGGUGCAUUAAAAAUUCUCAUUGACAUUCAUAAAUUUACCUCUCUGCCAAAACAGUGAAAUCAAAAAUAUCAUCACAUACACAAACUAAAAAUUUA